AUGAUUGACAAUGGCCAUGGGGGAGAAAUGCAAGCCUACCAGUAUUGGCCUUUCUCCUCUUCAGACCUAUAAUACUGGAAAAAUAACAAUCCCCCUUUUUCCGAGGACCCCACCCGGCUCACAGGUCUGGUUGAGUCAUUUAUGUUUUCACACCAGCCUACUUGGGAUGACUGCCAACAACUCCUAGGCACUCUCUUCAUGACAGAGGAAUGAGAGAGAAUCCUCCUGGAAGCUAGAAAAAAUAUCCUCGGACCAGAUGGGCGACCGACCCAACUUCCCAACAUAAUUGAAGCCAACUUCCCCUUGAACCGACCCAACUGGGACCCCAACACUUUUGAAGGUAGGGAGCAUCUGUCCACUUUUCACUGGUCUCUAAUAGUGCCUGAUGAAUCUCCCUCUAUGUUUCUAGAAAGAAUUAUGGAGGCAUAUACGAGAUAUACUCCUUUCGAUCCUCAGGAAGAGGAUCAAAAGGCAUCCGUCACGAUGGCCUUUAUUGGGCAAGCUGCCCUGGAUAUUAAAAGAAAGUUACAACGCUUAGAUGGAUUACAAGAUAUGACUCUGAGAGAUUUAGUCAGAGAAGCYGAGAAGGUAUACUAUAAGAGAGAAACUGAGGAAGAAAGGGAGCAAAGGGAGGAUGAAAGAAGCAAAAGACAGACUGAGGCAUUGACUAAGGUCCUGGUCACAACAACAAAUAGGCCAGAAAUUAAGAAACAGGGAGACAGGAAGAGAUACCUGGGCCCACGCCAGAGGCCACCCCUGGCCUCAGAUCAAUGUGCCUAUUGUAAAGAAAAAGGACACUGGGCCAAAGAGUGCCCUAGAAAGAGACAGCCACGCCAGCCAGCCAUUCUGUCUCUGGAGGAUGACUAAGAAAGUCAGGGCUCAAAUCCCCUCCCUGAACUCAGGGUAACUUUUGAAGUGGAGGGGACCCCAGUAAACUUUGAAGUGGAUACAGGGGCAGUAUACUCAGCCCUUAAGGCCCCAUUGGGCCCUCUAUCAAAUAAAAGGUCUCUAGUUCAAAGGGCUAACGGCAGUAAAUAUCGGGCUUGGACAACUAAGAGGACCAUGGACCUGGGGAAAAGAAAAGUCCAUCACUCCUUCCUAGUGAUCCCAGAAUGCCUGGCCCCAUUGAUGGGCAGAAAUCUGCUCACCAAGCUCCAGGCCAGAAUAACUUUUAACCCUGAAGGCCCCCAAAUGGAAUUUCUAAAUCCUUCAGUAAAAACUCCUAUAGUCAUGGCUUUAACUAUAUCAGUAGAAGAUAAACAUCAACUCUUCCCCCCCCCCAAGACUGAUCAAACAGGCAAGCUACCCCAGAAAUGGAUAACAGAUUACCCAGAUGCCUCAGAAACUGCUAGGUUAGGCCUAGCAGUAAAACAACCUCAUACAGUGGAGUUAAAAACCUCAGCCUCCCCAAUUAAUGUCAAAGAAUAUCCUCUGAGCAAAGAAGCUAAAGAUGGGAUAAGGCCCCAUAUUCAGAAAUAUCUGGCCUUAGGGGUCCUAAGGCCCUGUCAGUCGGCCUGGAACACUCCCCUGCUACCAGUAAAAAAGCCAGGAACCGGGGACUAUGGCCCCAUUAAAGACCUAAGAGAGAUCAACAACAGAGUGCAGGACAUUCACCCCACAGUACCUAAUCCGUACAAUCUGCUUAGCACUCUGAACCCUGAGCGAAAAUGGUACACUGUUUUGGACUUAAAAGAUGCUUUCUUUUGCUUGCCUCUGCAUAAAGAUAGUCAGUUGCUGUUUGCUUUCUAGUGGGUAAACCCAGAAACCGGAACGUCUGGUMAACUAACUUGGACCAGACUCCCACAGGGGUUCAAAAACUCCCCCACUCUCUUUGAUGAAGCCCUCAGAGAUCUCAACAACUUCAGAACUACGCACCCCAAAAUCACCCUGCUUCAAUAUGUGGAUGACCUGCUACUGGCAGCCGACACCAAGGAAAACUGUGAGUCUGGGACCCAAGCACUAUUAUCCAAGCUUGCUCAACUCAGGUAUAAAGCUUCUGCCAAAAAGGCCCAAAUUUGCCAGCAAAUCUUCCUGGGCUAUUCCCUUAGGGGCAGUAAACGAUGGCUCACUGAGCCCAGAAAACAAACCGUUGUGCAGAUACCACCCUCAUCUAACAGGAGGGUGGAUGAAGAGGCUAAAUUGACAGCCUUAAACGGAGUAACCAUGUUAACACUUUCCACACCGGGGGAACAUAAGUCAGGAGAUUUAACUACAUCGGAGCACCCUGACAGCUUAAUAUCUAAGGACACUGACACUGAACUCCUCGACUUCACUGAGCCUAGCCUGCAAUUUCAGAAAGCCCUACACUACAUUAAAAAUGUACAUCAACUCACUCACCUUGGUUCAAAGAAACUGCAGGCAUUCCUGAAAGAUCAAGAACAGAGUUUUCCACUAACUGACUCUUAGCAAAAGGAAAUAGCUGAACGGGUAACAAAAGUCUGUCGGGUCUGUCAAUUGGUUAGUGCUUACCCUUCCAAGCUUCCUGCAGGAAAGCACCUACGAGGAACCAGACCAGGACAAUUCUGGGAAAUGGACUUUACUGAAAUUAAGCCAGCAAGGUAUGGACUUAAAUAUCUCCUAGUCUUUGUAGAUACAUUUUCAGGAUGGAUUAAAGCCUUCCCCACAAAAAAAGAAACAACGCAAAUGGUGGUCAAGAAGAUCCUGGAAGAUAUUUUUCCAAGAUACGGCCUGCCUAAGGUAAUAGGGUCUGAUAAUGGACCAGCGUUCAUGGCCCAGGUAAGUCAGGGGUUAGCCAGGACCCUGGGGAUUAAUUGGAAGUUACAUUGUGCUUAUAGACCCCAGAACUCAGGACAGGUAGAAAGAAUGAAUAGAACCAUUAAAGAGACCUUAACGAAAUUAAGCUUAGAGACCGGCAUAAAAGAUUGGACUAUGCUCCUGCCUUAUGCACUGUUUCGUGCAAAAAAAUACUCCGUUUCUUUGUGUAACCUCACCCCCUAUGAAAUUCUCUAUCGUGCCCCUCCUCCAGUAAGGGACCUAACCCCAACUCUAAGACCUAAGGAUUCCUUUCACACCCCCUUGCUUGACAGACUUAAAGCUCUUAAAAGAACCCAGAGAUACCCAUGAAAACAGCUGGCCACUGCCUACCAACCUGGGGACGAAAGGACUCCACACAGAUAUCAAGUGGGAAACUUCAUCUACAUAAGAUAACAUCAGGUGUCAUCCCUGGAACCCCGCUGGAAAGGACCAUACCAGGUGCUACUUAUAACACCUACAGCAGUAAAGGUAGACGGAAUCACUUCCUGGAUCCAUGCCUCUCAUCUCAAGCCUGCGCCGUGUCCAGACUCUGGCUGGAAACUGAAAAAGACUGGUAACCCUUUCAAAUUGCGUAUUCACCAUGUGUAUAGGGCUAUAGACUCUCCCCUUGACCACCGGUAG